AUGGUCCUAAAGCAACUUAUUAAAAGUUAUAUUUUUUUUUUCGUCAUUGUUACUUUUGUAAAGAUAAAGUCUUCACAUUGCCAUAUUUACUCUUAUCAACCAGGAGAUAUUCAAAUUAUAGGUGUUUUUCCUAAUACCUUACAUUAUAACAGUACCUUAAAUCAAUGCUAUGAAUUCAAUUUAGUCAAUGUAAAGCUCACACAAGCUAUGAUAUACGCUAUAGAUAUUUUAAUCAAUGCCAAUCAAAACUUAUUGCCUGGUAUCAAAGUUGGUUGGACACUAAUUGAUUCUUGCUCAUCUCGAGAAAUGGCUAUGAAAUUGGUGCUAGUAUUCCUUGAUAUUGUUGCAAAAUUUCGCUGGAAUUAUAUAUCUAUUAUCGUAGCUGGAUCAAAUUUUGCCGAGAAUUAUAAAAAAAUUGUUUCUAAAUUACUUUUUAAUAAUGAAAUUUGUAUUGGAUAUACCGGAAUUAUAAAUGACAAUUACACGCAAUCUAAUUUAAAGGAAAUUGUAUUAAAACUUAAAUACUUAACUCGUUCGAACGUCAUUAUUCUCGCUGGUGGUGAAGCGCUUAUUUAUCCAUUCCUUCGAAAAGUAGAAUCCGAGGGUUUAGUAGGUAAGACAUGGAUAGGGUCGUAUGAUUUGUUAAGUUCUGCUAGAAUUAAUGCACUCAAUCCUAGCGUAAUUGGUGGUGCAUUGGGUAUGGAUAUAAUGGAUGGUUCGUUACAGGACUUUCAAUCUUAUUUAGACGAACUUGACUUCUGUAAUAAUAUUAAGAAUCCUUGGUUUAUAGCAGCUUGGUCAGAAAAACUCCAAUCUCUUGGAAAUAAUACUGAAUCCAUAAUGGCAAGCUGUAUAAUUAAUAAUAAUCUCAAACGUUACUUUUCAGAAUCAUUUUAUUCCAUGCAUGACUCCGCUGCUUAUGUUAUGGAUGCAGCAUUAGCUUUAGCUUACGCACUACAUAGCAAAUUAGGUUGCAAUUCAACACACUGUUCUCCAGUAGAUAAUCUUGCAUCUCAUUACGAUCGACUAAAAUUAAAUGAAUAUUUAAGCAAGGUAACCUUUAAGGGCAUAUCAAACGACGAUUUUCACUUUCGCGCCGACGGAACUAAUCAUUUACUUUACAAUAUAAUUAACUUGCAAGUUCCAGCGAAGAGUAUCGGUAAAGGUCCAAUAAAACAUGUCAAAGUUGGAUAUUGGGAUGAAGAUUACGGUUUAAUUAUUAAUAAAACAAAAAUAAAAUGGAAUAGUGGUAUUGUACCAGUUGCUCGCUGUUCUGAUGAUUGUCAGCCCGGUACUUACCGUUAUUACAAUAGUCUUGACAAGAAAUCACUAAAAUGUUGUUGGCUCUGCACUAAAUGCUACUUUCAUUCUAUAACUAAUUCUACCAAUCAGUCAAAUUGCACUAAAUGUGAGCCAUUUACUGCUCCAAAUGAGAACAAAACGAAAUGUAUUGGUUACGAAAUCAUUAAUAUUUCAUUUAGAGAUAAAUACUUUAUUAUUGCUUGCUGCCUAUGGUUUAUCUUCUUGAUUAAUUCGAUAUUUAUUUGGGUUGUCGUUAUCAUCAAACGAAAUACUCCUGUAAUUAAAGGAUCCAAUUUUACGUUGAUUAAUAUUUUAAUGGGUUAUAACGCUAUGUCCCUUCCUGCUUCAAUCAUGUUUCUUUGUGACAGUACUGUUUUCAAUUGCACAUUUAGAUUACUACUCACUGCUAAUAGUCAGACUGGCGUAGCAGUUACUGUCAUUUGCAAGACAAUUCAAGUAGCAGCUAUAUUCCGAAAUGGCUUUCGUCAGCGGUCCUUAUACAAGAAAUUGUCAAAAACACGAAAUCAAGUUAUUGUUCUCAUUGUAACUAUGACUAUUACUAACGCGAUUAUCGUUGGGUUAAUCGUAUAUCAACCACUAAAAAUUAUCAAAUAUGAGAACGACAAACAACAGCUCGUAAAAUCAUGCGAAGUUUUCAGCUUUCCGGCCUUUACUGCUGCUGUAGUGCUAUGGACAACAGCAGUUACCGUUGGCCUUGUAUUUGCCUUUCGUAUAAGAUCAUUACCGGAUAACUAUAAUGAUGCUCGAUAUAUCUUGAUAGCUAGUAUUUUGUAUGCAUUUCUUGCAUUAACCGUAACUCCAGUCAUGUAUUUUUUUCAUGGUCAGUUGCGAUCAAUACUGUCUUGUUUAAUGAUGAUAUUUUAUGGAUUCGUGACUCAAUUUUGUUACUUCUUGCCAAAAAUGUACAUUAUCAUUCGUCAACCGCAUUUGAAUACACAAUAUGAAGCUGCAGCUAGUAUUGCUAAGUUUACAUUUGCAAAGGUUGACAAGCAAACCAAAUAUCCUAAUCAAAUGCCAUCAAGAAAUAAUGGAAGCACUGCCAUAUCUGCAAUUUAG